AUGCUGAGGCUUCUGAACCGGGCUUUGGCCUUCUUCCAGAGGCGGCGGGCAAACCUCCAUGAAGGAUGGCAAAGGCUGAUGCCAGGUCCUGUCAAAGUGAGAACUAUGCAAGGAAUUGUCACAAAAUUAUGUGAUGAUCAUGGCUUGAUUGAUGAAUGCAUCUACUUCAGUACUGAUGUUGUGACUGGCAAUAUACCUCUCACAGUGGGACACAGAGUUUUUGCAGUUGUAGAAGAAGAUCAAGUAUCUUCUGAAGUGAAAGCAAUCAAAGUGGAGCCUGUCUAUGAUUAUUUCGCUAAUUUUGGAAUGCCAGAUCCUGGAACAAAAAUUCUAAUUGGUUGUGUUGUUUCUAUAAUGGAGGACAUGAUCUAUAUUCAUAAAGGAACUUCCUUCUGCCUAGAUACUGUUUGUGAAGGUUUUGUGCCCUAUAAGGGUGACUGGCUGGAGGUCGUGUAUUCCAUGGAGCCAGGUGCGGCACACAUCAAGGCGCACUCCGUGAGGCCUCUCAGCUCUCGGCAGGUGGAAGAGGUCAAAAUUAGUAGUGUCCAUGGAAGAGAAGGAGUGAUUGAUGACAGUAUCUUUUUCACCCUGGAUUCACUGCAGUUCCCUGCUGGUUAUGUACCUCAGCCAUGUGACAUCGUCAACGUGGUCAUAGUGGAGAGCACUCAGUCCUGCUAUCUGUGGAGGGCGAUUUCCAUGACCCCUGUUUACAAAUACUAAUAUCCAAACCUUUCAUUCCCUGCUCAUUCUUCCUUCUAUGUGCAGUAAA